AUGCACAAAAACGAAGAAGACAGUCGUCCAGGAUCCCGUCGAAAUUCAGCCAGCCUGUCCCGACGUAACAGUGUGACAGACAAAAAGACUAACCCACCAACAUCCAGCCAUAGCACGCCAAAGAAAACACAGAAAACUUUCGACUUUGUCGUUACUGGCAAGCAGAUAUUGAAAAAAAGUGACCGAGCAAGCUCACUACCAGGGACGUACCACCGACGUCAAUCAGUCGAUUCUUUAAUAAAAUCGAAAAGAUUAUUAGAUUCGCCAAAACGACUGGCUUCUCAAGCUUCGAGGAGCAGAGAUGCGUCUAUUGAUGAUGAAUUGUCUUUGGAACUAUCGCAAGUAUCAGACUUCGAAGAUACGAACUCAAAAUACGGAAUCAAUAAACAAUUCACAACUUCAACUCCGAAGAAGGUCCAUCGUCGACUUAUUCAUCAUGUGUUGGCUGAAAAAACUAAAUCCGUUGAUUCCCGCUGCAGUAAAGACAGUUCCUCCUUGAGUAGAGAUAGUUUUAAAUCAUCAAGUCCUAGUCCAUAUAGGCACGCAAUGAGCACAGAGUUAGAAUGCUCUUCGGGCUCGCCGACCUCAGCCCCCUCGUCUGGUGACAGCGCGCAGGGCUUCGCCCCCGACACUCUGAUGUCUUCGAGAAGCCAGGACUUACAGGACAGUUGCUGUGUGAGCACAUGGCAAGAUUCAGAGAGACAGAAGCCAGAAGGCGAGUGGGGCCAGUUCUGGGCGAAUUACAACAAUUCGCUAGCACGUGUUCCUGUUAGCAGAUACUAUGACCAGUGUCCUACUCCGUACCGUACUGAGGAUAUCGAUGUAGGGGAUUUUGAAUUACUAAGCGAAAGCGUGCAACGAUCUCCUGAAAACAUCAAUAACAUAAACAACGUUAUAAGAAACGAGGGACUCCAUCUAACACCGCGUGAAACUCAAAAUAUCAUAAAAUGCGCACACAUUCUGGGCAAUGUCCUUACAAAAGCUAUUGAAAGACAGUCUAAAGAAAUGGUCGUUGAGAAAAAAGUAGAGGAAGUCAAUAUAGAAACAGAUCCAGAAAAGGAAAUUAAAAAAAAAUCAAUGUCUCUGAACCUGAAAGAGACAGUGCUACCUCUAGAGGUGAAAGAAGAAAAGAGAUGGGAAUCUGUGCCAACUCAAACUGACAUUUCGUUGCCGAACACGAAAAGCGCGCCAAAAAUAUUCGAGAAGAUUUUACGUCAGCUGUCAAAGUCAUCGCUAGAUGAUGAAAAGAAAAUAUUGGAAAAUCCAGAUGAAAAUCAGGAGAAGGAUCUCGCUCAGAAUGAAAAUUAAAUUAUUAUUAUUCAAUUGAUUAUAAAAAAGUGUAAACCUUGGAUUGGGUUUAAAAUUAAUGUAAUAAAUAAAAAAUCAUUCACAUCUCUGUCCAUCUCUCUCUCGAUUAAGCACAAGUCCUGUGGUUUUUUGUGUAAAAAAAUUUUUUCCCAAUCUUAAAAUACACAAGUGGCUCUUAUUUUCUUUUACAUACUUAGAAAGUUUAUUAAUUAUUGAUAAGGAUAAAAAAAUGUCGUCCCAAAAUAUCUACACGUCCUCUAGUCGUAAACUAAGCAUAUUUAUGGAAGUUAGACACCUAUCUUAAAAUAUGUAUUAUUAAUUUUAAUUAUUAAGUACAUACGUACUUGUUAUAUGCAUGAAUGUUUAACUAAGUACAUCCUGAUUGCCAAAUGUUACCUGUUAAAUAUUUCAAAACUUUUAUUUAUUUUUGUAAUAUUGUCAGUAGACUAGAAAAGAAUUUAGCAAAUAAUCUACUUAGUUUAUGCCAUCAGAUUAAAAUUUGUUGUGAAAUUGACAUUUUACUCAUUAGGGAUAAAAAUAAUA